CGGUCUGUUUUCAGUAGUCGGAGAGAGAGGAAGAAAAAUGGCGGCUGCGACCGAUCAGAAGCGGGACGCACGCCAUUCGUUUUGAGCUUUCUCACGUAAACCGAGGCCGGGGCUUUACGGGACUACUUCUUUGGAAUCUACGCAAGUCAAGCUUUCUGGAGGUACCCGUUUUUCUGGGUUCUGUGAAGGCUAAAUAAACUCAGAAAUUGAAAUAGAAAAUAAUAGAUUUUAUAUAUAAUGAGGGGAAAAAGAGGCAGGCCGCCCAAAACCCUGCUGAUGCAGGAGCCUUCAUCCGAGCCGGAGCGUGGCUUGAGACCCAGGAGGGAGUUGAGGGCAAAGGGGAGAGGUAGUACCGAGGUCGAUUUUGAGAGUCCCAAGAGGGGAAAUAACUCUUCAUCGAGGGGCAGGAGAAAAGUGGGAUCAUCCACGGUAUCUCGCGGUAGGGGAAGAGGCAGGGGGGGUGGUGGUGGCAGAGGUACUAGGGGCAGACGGUCAAUCGCUAGAUCUGUGGUUUAUGAUGAUCAUGAAAGUGAUGAAGAUGAUGAUGCUGUGAGUUUGAGAUCUGAGGAGGACGAGUUGAUAGAGGAAGAAACGAUAACGGACGAGGAAGAAGAGGCCCUCAACGAGGAGUCAGACCCGCUUGAGGAAAUACUCGAGGAGGAUGAUGAUGCCAGCUACUGUACUGAGAGCAGCUUUCGGAGUCAGAGCACUCAUGGCAGCACUCCGGGGCGGAAGAGGACGCGGGUGCACUGCCCUCGCUCGCCCAUCUUUGAGGAAAAGGAGAUCCCUCCUCUGGAGCUGCCCAGAACCUCUGAGGACCUCAUGGUGCCCAGCGAGGAACUGCUCAAUGUGUCCUCCAUCUACGAGGUGCUGCGCAACUUCAGCACGGUGCUGCGGCUCUCUCCCUUCCGCUUCGAGGACUUCUGUGCUGCGCUGGUAGGCCAGGAGCAGUGCACGCUGAUGGCAGAGACCCACACAGCCCUGCUGAAGGCCAUUCUGCGUGAGGAGGACACCUCCAACACCACGUUCGGUCCUGCCGACCUCAAGGACAGCGUCAACUCCACCCUCUACUUCAUUGACGGCAUGACGUGGCCCGAGGUGGUGCGUGCCUACUGCGAGAGCGACCAGGAGUACCACCAUGUCCUGCCCUACCAGGAGGUGGAGGACUACCCCUACGGCCCGCUGGACAGUAAGAUCAAGGUGCUGCAGUUCUUGGUGGAUCAGUUCCUCACCACCAACAUUGCCCGCGAGGAGUUAAUGUCAGAGGGGGUGGUGCAGUAUGAUGACCACUGCAGGGUGUGCCACAGGUUGGGGGACCUGCUGUGCUGUGAGACCUGCUCUGCGGUCUACCACCUGGAGUGUGUGAAGCCGCCGCUGGUAGAGGUGCCAGAGGACGAAUGGCAGUGUGAGAUCUGUGUGGCACACAAGGUGCCCGGGGUCACAGACUGUGUGACAGAGAUGCAAAAGAGCAAACCCUACAUCCGCCAGGAGCCCAUCGGCUACGACCGCCAACGGAGGCAAUACUGGUUCCUAAACCGAAGGAUAAUUGUUGAGGAGGACGGGGAGCAUGAGAAGAAGAAGAUCUGGUACUACAGCACAAAGGUCCAGCUGGGAGAGCUGAUAGAGUGUCUGGACAAGGAGUACUGGGAGAACGACCUGUGUGCCGUCCUUGAGGAGAUGAGAGAGGAGGUGCACACUCACAUGGACAUCACUGAGGACCUCACCAACAAGGCCCGCGGCAACAACAAGGCCUUCCUCACGGCAGCCAACGAUGAGAUCCUGGAGCGUGUGCAGGCCAGGCAGGAGCAGCGGGCAGUGGAGCAGGAAGAGAAAGCCAGUCAGGUAGCAGGUGACAACAACCCCGCUAUAGACACCACCAAGACAGAGGAAGAGACCCCCACACACUGCUCUCCACGGCCAGACAACAGAGAGCUCCAAGACCCUGAGUCUGAAGCAAGCUCACAAGCAGCUGCAGCUCCACCUACUGGAGAAGAGAACACCACCGUCCAACCUGAGCCCCCUAAGCCUGCUGAGGUGUCCUGCUCGGCCCCCUCUGAGAGUGGGGACGCCUCCAUGGAGCCUGAGCAGGAGAGGCCAGAUGAUAAGCCUGUAGACUCAGAGUCCCAUGGAGAGGAGGACCCCUCUGCCCAGUGCCAGCCUACUCCACCACCACCACACCCUGGUGACGAGAACAGCAACAGCAGCCACGUCUCAGCGCCUGGGGUCCUCAGGAGGCCUGAACAGCCAAACCUCGCUGACAGGUCCUCUCAGUCCUCCAUCACCAGCCAGGAUGACACGGGUGAAGGCAAGGAGAGUGUGAAUGGUGAGGGGUCAGCGUCAGGACGGACUAACAAUCGCAUAGUGACUCGUCUGCGUAACCCGGACAGCAAGCUGAGCCAGCAGAAGACCCAGGGAGAUGGCAGCCCUACACCCAGUGACAGCAAGGAGACAUCUCCUCCCAGCUCUGAGAGUGAAGUGGCUCGCCUGGAUACUGUGAGGAAAGAAUUGACGGUGAAGGGCAACCUGAACAACUUCUUCAAGCUGGGCCAGGAGGGCAAGUUCCGCGUCUACCACAACCAGUUCAGCACCAACACACUGGGCCUCAACAAGCACCAGCAUCGCGAGGACCACGACAAGCGCCGCCACCUCUCCCAUAAGUUCAGCCUGACCCCCGCCGGGGAUUUCAAGUGGAACGGCUCCAUCCACGGCUCCAAGGUGCUGACCAUCUCCACCCUGCGGCUCACAAUCAUCCAGCUGGAGACCAAUGUCCCCGCCCCCUUCCUGCACCCCAACUGGGCCUCGCACAGGACAAACUGGAUUAAAGCGGUGCAGAUGUGCAGUAAGGCUCGGGAGUUUGCCUUGGCGCUGGCCAUCAUGGAGUGUGCUAUCAAACCAGUGGUCAUGCUGCCUGUCUGGAAAGAUGCACUUGGACACACCAGGCUCCAUCGCAUGACCUCCAUGGAGCGGGAGGAGAAAGAGAAGGUGAAAAAGAGAGAGAAAAAACUGGAGGAUGAGGAGACUAUGCAGCAGGCCACCUGGGUGAAGUACACCAUCCCCAUCAAACACCAGGUGUGGAAGCAGAAGGGGGAGGAGUACAGAGUAACGGGGUACGGGGGCUGGAGCUGGGUCAGUAAGACUCACGUCCAUCGCUUUGUUCCCAGGCUACCAGGGAACACCAACGUCAACUACCGCAAAGCACUCGAAGCAGCUAAAACUGGCAAAGAAAAUGCAACGUCCAGCCUAAACAAAUGGAAACGGUUGCCCAAAGCACCAACAAGCUCGGAAACCCAGGGAAAAGAAGAGUCUGCUCCAAUUACUGAAGAAAAAGACAAGGAGCAAACCUCCACCAUGGAGUCAUCUGGGAGCACUUCACCAGGAGAGGGGCAGACUCUGAAAGAGGAGGAGGAGAAGGAAGAUAACAAUAUCACAGAGAAGGUGGAGGAAAACAUUUUUGAUCAGGUGGAGGAGGAGACUGAGGACAAGAUGGAUGUUGACCCCAGUCCACCAGACACCUGUCUCAGUGAGGAAAAAGGUAUAGUGGACAGCAAAGGCCCCUCGUCACCGACUGACCCUGCUGUGAAGGUGGAGCCCAGGGAUGGAGAAGAACCUAAGCAGGAGGACUCUGAGGCCAAGCCACCUGUUCGCCCCUUCAACUGGGAUGUGGUGAAUGUCAGCGAGGGCUUCCAGCUCCGUACGGCCUACAAGAAGAAGGUGAAGACGUCCAAGCUCGACGGGCUGCUGGAACGCAGAGUGAAGCAGUUCACCCUGGAGGAGAAGCAGAGGCUGGAGCGGCUCAAACAGCAGUCAGCCCUGGCCAAACACACAAUCUACAAAGAGAAAGUUCAUACAGGGACUCCCACCACCGUCAAGACUGAAGCUUCUACAGCAGACAAGGAGCAGGACAAGUUAGCAGUGACACCGUGCACUAGUCUGAAAGCUGAGGGGCAAGCAGACUCUGUAGUUAAAGACUCAAUCGUUAAAAGGCUUGACUUUGACCAGGAGCAGCCAGUGAAAUCCCAACCCUCAGGAGAGACAGAUAACCUGGACGUCAGAUUAGGCUCCACCUGUAAGCCCCAGGCAGCAGGAGCCACAGGCCCCAACCUCAACACCAUAGGGUUGGCCAACCAUGAGAGCAGCGUUCAGGGCAAUGGUGGGGAUGCGUUAUCGCAAACAGAGCUGAAUGGAGGCUUCCAGAAAACCAUAGAACUCAACAAAGUCAAUUCGACAUCCCUAGAACCGGCUUUAGGUGCGGCCAAAGCAGAGGUGACGAUAGCAGGAGAAAACGGUAAGAAGCAUGGUUACGAGGAGACAGAGCAAGGCAAUGGACAGAGGGAGACAGAAAGCAUGGAGGUAGACCAAAGCAAACCACAUCAAGUGCAGGUGAACGGGAAAGACGCUGUUGACACCAAGGCUCCUGUAGACUCAAAGAUGCACUUAGACCUGGCCAACAAAGUGGACACCAAGGCCAUGCUCCAGACGUUAGAGGGUGACAUCAAAACGCUGCCAGUGAAGGAGCCUGUAAAGUCCAUUAUGAACGGUACUCUCUCUCAGGACGGGUUAAAGGUCAACAGCACUGUGUUAGCCACCAGCCCAGCUUUGGCGGACGUAGAGAGGAAGGUUGUGGUGUCCGAGCCUGACUACCUGCCUCCUCAGAAGGUUGCCAGACUGGAGAAUAAUGGCGAAAGGGUGGCAGACUCUGUCACCUCGUCACUGUUAGGGCUGUCCACUGGUGUUCCCAAGGUAAGCAACAGCACCAAGUCUGAGCCAAUGGAGAUUGGGCAGACGGCAUCCAAUAAGAUCACCCCGUUUCCUAUCCCCACUGCAGAGGAGUCCAGCUUGAGUGACAACACCACAGAGAGUAGCAGUAGUGGGGCGCUGAAGACCGUCACCACAACCACUACUACCACCGUGUCGACAGAGUCUCGCACGGUGCAGAUAGCUGAGGUCUCCAGCAGCAGUAAGCCUGCAGUGAUGCCUGCUGCAGAGAGCAGUGCUGUGUCCACCCUCACCACCAUGACCAAGACCACCGUCACCAGGGUCAGCUCCCCGACCCUCGGGGCCGCCUUCUCCGAGGAGACCAAGACUGUUGUCACGGCAAUGUUGACAGAUGCCACAUCUGGCCCCUCAGGCUCUUUGGUCACCUCCAUGACGGUCAGUAAGGAGUACUCCACCAGAGAUUGUGUCCGGCUGCUCAAGUUCUCCCGCUCCAAGAAGACCCGCUCUGGCACGGCCCUCCCCUCCUACCGCAAGUUUGUCACUAAGAGUAGCAAGAAGAGCAUCUUUGUACUGCCUAAUGAUGACCUGAAGAAGCUGGCGAGGAGAGGGGGCAUCAGAGAGGUGCCCAUCUUCAACUACAACGCCAAGCCAGCCCUGGACAUCUGGCCCUAUCCCUCCCCCAGACCCACCUUUGGAAUCACGUGGAGAUACCGUCUCCAGACUGUAAAGUCUCUGGCGGGGGUCAGUCUGAUGCUACGGCUGCUCUGGGCCUGCCUGAGGUGGGAUGACAUGGCCGUCAAGCCCUCCCCUGCUGUAGGAACCACCCGCACAGAAUCGUCAGAAACUGCGAUCACCACAACGGAGAUCAUCAAGCGGCGAGAUGUGGGGCCGCACGGCAUCCGGUCGGAAUACUGCAUCAGGAAGAUCAUCUGCCCCAUUGGCGUUACCGAAGCUCCCAAAGAAACUCCCACGCCCCAGAGGAAAGGCCUGCGCUCCAGCGCUCUGAGGCCAAAGAAGCCUGAGCCGGCCAAGCAGACUGGGCCCAUCGUCUUAGAGACGUGGGUGGCCGAGGAGGAGCUGGAGAUCUGGGAGAUCAGAGCCUUUUCAGAAAGGGUUGAGAGGGAGAAGGCCCAGGCUGCAGACCAGGCUAAGGUUAGUAGAACGCUGAAGACAGCAGAGGAGGCCAAGGCCCAAUUGGAGGCUCAGCUAAAGCACCAGAGAUUGGCUGCUCAGCAGAAACGGUUGGAGCAACAGAAGCCUGGUGCCACCACCUCCACCCCCACCAGCACCCCUACAACCUCAGCCUCUGGCACUCCGACAUCCCUGACCAGCCAGGUCACUUCAGGGACUAAACUGGUCCUGGCCACCAAGCUGGGAACACCUGUCACAUUCCAGCAGAACAAGAACUUCCAUCAGUCGUUUGCUUCCUGGGUCAAGCAGGGCCAGGGUAGUCCAGCCUCCACUGGCUCAGGGGCCACCGUGGCCAACAGCAUUGUCACCACCUCUGGACAAACGUUCCAGAUCUCUGGCAGCCCGGUGACCAUGGCUGGCCAGGUCAUCACCGCCAAGCUACCCAUCCCGGCCAACAGCAAGAUUGUCACGGUCAACAUGCCAACCACACAAGGAGGUAUGGUGCAAGUCCAGCAGAAUGUCCUGGGCAUUAUUCCAUCCAGCACCCCAGGCAACCAGCGGACCUACUCCUCAUUCCAGAACCGCAACGCCACCAUCAACAUCAGACCCAACACCUCCACCUCAACCACUACUCAGCCGGUCAUCACUACUGGAGCCCAGAUCCGUCCGGGCAUGACGGUGAUCCGAUCGCCUCUACAGCAGGGCACCACCAUGGGCAAAACCAUCAUCAGAACCCCCUUGAUGAUGCAACAAGGUAUUCUACCAGCCAGCCAGCAGCAGGUGGUGACUCAGAUCAUCCGGGGCCAGCCUGUCUCCACAGCAGUUUCCAGUGCCAGCCCUGUGCAGAACAGCGCAGGCCAGAGGGUGCUGGGGGCUGCCCCGUCCCCCCAUCCUGUCACCCCUGCCCCCGGGCAGUCCCCAUCACCAUCCACCCCCCAAGGCGGCCGACCACAGCAGGGCCAGGUCAAACUCACCCUGGCCCAGCUCACCCAGCUAACGCAGGGGGCACAGGGAGGGAACCAGGGUCUCACAGUAGUGAUCCAGGGACAGGGCCAGACCACAGGCCAGCUGCAGGUCAUUCCCCAGGGGGUGACGGUCAUCCCAGGCCCUGGGCAGCAGCUCAUGCAGGCUGCCAUGCCCAACGGCCAGGUGCAGCGCUUCCUCUUCACCCCGGGGGCAUCAGCCCCUGCCCCCACCCCCGCCACCACGGCCAGCGCUGCUGUCACCCCUGUCACAGCCACCACAACCACACCCUCAGUGCCAGCACUGUCUCAGCCUCAGGUUCAGACUCCCGCCACCUCUCAAGCACCGGCACCACCAGUCCAGCCUCCUCAACAGGCUAUCGCUCCAGUCCAGCCCCCUGCCCUCGCUCCUGCCCCCCCUCCAGUGUCCACACAUCAGACUCAACCCCCUCAGACUCAAAUCCACAUCCCCCUCCAGUCCCCCACUGCUUUACCCAUCCAGCAGAAAGCCCAGAUCCCAACCUCUCCACAACAGGUCCAUAUAAAGGCUGUCUCUGUCUCCCCCUCCGUCACCCAGGCCACAGUGAGGCCCAUCCAGGCCCAUGCUCAACUCCAGCCCCAGGCUCCGGCUCAGAUCAGGCCACAGCAGCAGCUGCAGCUCCACCACCAACCCCAGCUGAUCACGGUGCCGGGGCUGCAGCAGCAGGUCCAGGUGCUGGGUACCAUCCAGACCCACGUGGCGGCCCAGCUCCAGGUCCAGGCCCAGCAGGGUGGGGCGGUGCCCCAGCAGAUCAAGCUGCAGCUGCCGAUCCAGAUCCAGCAGGCAGGGGGCCAGGUGCAGGCCCACCAGAUCCAGAACGUGGUAACCAUCCAGACGGCCAGCGUGCAGGAGCAACUGCAGAGGAUCCAGCAGCUCAGAGAGCAGCAGCAGCAGAAGAAGAAGCAGCAGGAGGCCAAGAGGGAGCAGAGCCUGCAGGCCUCCAGCCCCAGCGACAUCAUCCAGAAACAGGUGGUGAUGAACCAGAAUGCUGUGAUAGAAAAUCUGAAACAGAGGAAGACCAUGACUCCAGCAGAGCGGGAGGAGAACCAGAGAAUGAUCGUCUGCAACCAGGUGAUGAAGUUCAUCCUGGACAAGAUCGACAAGGACGAGAAGCAGGCGGCUAAGAAGAGGAAGAAGGAGGAGUCUGUGGAGCAGAAACGCAGCAAGCAGAAUGCCACCAAGCUCUCGGCACUGCUCUUCAAGCACAAAGAGCAGCUCAAGGCUGAGAUCCUGAAGAAGAGGGCUCUACUGGACAAGGAGCUGCAGCUGGAGGUUCAGGAGGAGCUGAGGAGGGACAUCAGCAGGCUGAGGAAGGAGAAGGAGAAGGCCCAAGCUGCAGCCUCUCAGGCAGCCGCUGCUGCAGCUGCAGCCCAGGUAGCCUCCUCCCUCUCCCCUACCAUAGCCUCGCCCUCCUCCGCCCACAAACGCAAGAGGGACGACGAGAGGGACUCGUCCUCCGCCAAGCCCAAGAAGAAGAAGAUGAUAUCCACUACCUCAAAGGAUCACAAGAAGGAAGUCAAGCUGUACUGUGUCUGUAAAACGCCCUAUGACGAGGCCAAGUUCUACAUUGGGUGCGACCUGUGCUCCAACUGGUUCCACGGUGCGUGUGUGGGCAUCACGGAGAAGGAGGCCAAGAAGAUGGACGACUACGUCUGUAAUGGCUGCAAGCAGGGCCAGGACUCACAGGACUCAGAGGGCACCACGGAGGAGCUGUACUGCAUCUGCCGGACGCCAUACGACCAAACACAGUUUUACAUUGGCUGCGACCGUUGCCAGAACUGGUACCACGGGCGCUGUGUGGGCAUCCUGCAGAGCGAGGCCAACCACAUAGACGAGUACGUGUGCCCGCAGUGUCAGUCCACGGAGGACGCCAUGACGGUCCUCACACCGCUAACAGACAAGGACUACGAGGGGUUAAGAAGAAUCCUGCGCUCCUUACAGGCUCACAAAAUGGCGUGGCCGUUCCUUGAACCAGUAGAUCCCAACGAUGCUCCUGAUUAUUAUGGUGUUAUAAAGGAACCGAUGGACCUCUCCACAAUGGAAGACAGAUUACAGAAACGGUAUUACAACAAGCUCACCGAGUUUGUGGCAGAUAUGACCAAAGUCUUUGACAACUGCCGCUACUACAACCCCAAUGACUCACCCUUCUUUCAGUGUGCCGAAGUUCUGGAGGCAUUCUUUGUACAGAAGCUCAAAGGUUUCAAAGCUAGCAGAUUGUGAUGUCAUAAGUCUGACGUUAUAGCUGGAGUCUGAGCUGGAUGCAGGGGUCUCUAGUAGUGAAUCAUGGAACAUGCUGUUUCAUAAACAGCAGAAAUUCUGUGUGAUUAUUUAAGAUUAAAUAAAUAAAUACACACACACACACACACACACACACAAGCGUUCUAUCAGUGAAACAAACCAUGCUUAAAAGUACAUUUGCAAGUAUAGAAGCCAAAUUCCAAAGAUGCCUUCAGUGACAAUCACAAAAUGGCAGCCAUGUUGACACUUACAAAUCAAGUUUUCAAGGGAUAUUCUUUUUCUCUAUUAUUUUGGUCAUUUCACCAUUUAAAAUCGUAUCAAUUAUCAGCAAGAUAACAUCAGUGUCAGGGAAGCUUUUACUUAGAAAUGUGUAAAUAAGCUUCACUCAGAAAUUCAUUUUUUUUGUAGUUAGUUAUUCAACUGAUGAAGUUCUGUUGGAGAGGGAGAUAAAUAAGAUAAAUAUUGUAUGUUUUUUUAAUCCUUUUGUGAAGGAUUAUUUUAUGGUUAAAACAAAGAGAGCCUAUGGUCAGAGGAAUUUAUAUACACUUAAAAUAAUCAAUAAAAUGUCACGGCUUAACUAUAUUGGACGCAAUGCCUUACUGCAUAACGGUACCUCAGGAUGUAGAUCUGACGCACCAUUUCAUUGACUAAGGCAUUCCCAAUGAUUUACACCAACAUGGCUGCGCAAUCUCCUUCCUGACCCCAUGGCAUCCAUUUUUUGUAUCACUGUUUUGUUGUUUGUUUUUGUUCAUAUCAGUAUGUUUAAACUAUUCAUUAAAAAUGUUAAAGGUUCUCAACUGUUCCCCUUUUCCACAUUCUAUAGGUCUCAUAACAACAAACUACAAACUUCGACCUCUUAGAAUAUACCACAUAUAUUUUUUUUUAUGCACUCAGCGAGAAUUGGGUUAAAUUCUGAACAAUAAAUCCAUGUUGGGACCUGACUCCUGUGCUUUGGGACGUCCACCCCUCUCCCUCCUUCUGGCCCCAUUCUACGCAGCCCCCAAAGGAAGACUCUCCCUGUAAGACCAGCAGCGCUGCUCCCACAGAACUGUCAGGUGGAGCUGCUGCCUGCCCACCUCUGCCACAUGGACAUUUGACAAGGGGUUAAAGUGGAGGGUUUGAAUAAAGGCAUUUCUGAAGAAGGUUACCUCAAAGAAGAUACUUUCCUUGUUCUUUCUUGAUUUGAUUUCAUUCUUUAUUACCCCUCUAGCUAGUUGAAGAAAUUAAGAAAACAUCAUACGCUUCCAUGGCCAUGACCAUUUAAAAAAAACAUCUAUGAUGCCUGUUUGAACAUUGAGAAAUGUUGAGCUGAGUUGCACUCAGCCUAUCAGAUUGCACAGUGACACUUCUGUGUGUUUCUCCCCUUGCAAUCACUUUAUUAGAGGUGGUGUGAAAGAUGUGUCUCAUUGGGAAGGACUUGCUUGAGUUUGGACCUACUAGCUUUCUGGACACCAACAGUUUGAGUUUGUCAAGCUAUGCUGAAAGGAAUAUUUGGUAUUAAUUGCCCAGCAGUAAUGACACACUGCAAAGGAUAAAACACAAUAUGUUUUUGCCCUGUUUGUAAAACUUUUUUUGUAUUACAGCUGAAGAGAUAUUGAUGUAUAUGAACCAUAAUAAAUGGAGAAGACCUGGCUCUCUUCCACUA